AUGUCGGUGGAAGAAGACAGCCCUUCCUAUGAUGGACCCGAAACCUUCCGCAGCCUCUUGGAAGGAUCCAUUGACAUUGAUCAUUACCUCGCUGAACCAGAGAUCUCGCCCAUCAGAUCGGUGUCCGCGUUCCUCGCUCGUAUGCGACAAGCCUGUGCAGACAAUGCACGCCUAGACAUUGCCGAGCUGAUGAAUCUGCUCGCUGCUUUGGAAGUUAUUGGUGCUAGAGGAUGGCAUGAGGCAUGGCAAGGUCGCGCGCACUGUGAGACGUGGAUUCGGUUGCGCCAAAUGCUGGAGGACCGAAGGCUGGAAUUGAUGAAAGCAGAGUACAGAAUUGAGGAGUUGGAGCAGGAAAGGAACGAGUUGAGCCGCCAUCUGUCGCGAGCAGUUGCGAGGAUGGAGUCGCUCGACAACCAGUUCAGCCAACUACAAGUAAACCAGCAGCCGCUUGAUUGCGCUCCGCCACCGAACCGGCCAGGAACGCUAUCUGACGUUGACGAGAGCGACGAGGAGUUCAGAACCCAUGGCAGUAGAUGGGGAACCGAAAGUCUUCCUUUGAAACAGGAGCCUAAAGAGAUACGAAAAUGUCGGAGUUCUUCCAACGUAACAGAAGUAGGGGAUCCCCUGCACGAUCAAGCGAUGUCAUACCCACCUCCACUGGCCCUCGCAACCGAAGAAGCCAGAAACGUGGACGAGAGGAGGACAAGCAUGCUGUCUGAGGUGGAAAACACACUUUGGAUCCAGGAGAGUAAAGACCGCGAGUAUCUGGUGAAGAGACUUGGUCCGCCACUCAUGCUUGCGCAGCCACCUCCAUCCUCCCAACGUGACUAUCCCGGCCCUUUCUAUGUCUACAUGCCUCUUCCACCCAAAAUUACCAUCCCGCAGGCUCAGAACAAUCCGCAGAUUCCUUCGCUGAUGUUCCCGACCCCACCGGCAGUGUUUCAUUUUCCAGAGUGUGGUACCCGAGACCAGCUACUUGAUGUCUUGCGCAGCGGAUUUGCAGGCCGCGUAGGCGAUGAAGAUAUUGGGCCAAUUGAUGAUAUUAACAUCAUCCGUGUGAGAACUCAUGAGUUUGAGUGGGAGCUCAAGAACGCUAUCCGGAAGACUUUGACAGACGAGGAGUGGGAUGAUCUUGUUGGUGACGAUUGGGUCGUGGAGGGGCGAGGAGAUACAUAUAUCGUCAGCAAGAGGGAUGUGCACUUCCAGGAGCAGGACUGUAACAGUAACAGUAUGCCUGCAUACAUAGCAGAAACAAGCGAAGCAUCUACUCUGGAAUCAGCAAAGAAGGAUGCGGAUCAUGAGGGCCGACCAGAGUACUUUUCCAACCAUCUCAAUGGAAAUGGGAAAGAACCAGAAGAUACACCGCAAAUGAGGGGUGGCGCUUUGUCGCCGCUCCCAAGCCUCUCGAGCAGUUCGUCAGUUGAAACCUCCUACGGCAGUCAAAAUCCGUGCACUCUGAGAGAUAACAACGAUAACUAUCCAUUCGCACCAAUGCAACCAAUUGUUCCUGUUGAGCACCCGCACGGUUUGAUAGACCAAGCACGCAUUCUCCAGUUGCAGAAUGCUUCGCACGGCCGCAUGAUCAGCCUACUAGAGAAUGUCAUCAAAGAUGUUGAGGGUACGGUUGAGUGGCAGGAUAACGAGCUCGCGCAAGCACAUCGCCACAUCACACAUCUGCAGCAGAAGCUGCGGGAAAGAAGCGAGGAGACGCUCCUCGCUGGGAGAAUGGCGGAAUUUGCGAGGGCCGAGACGCACCUGUUGAGAGAGCAGCUACAACAGAUCCACAACCAAGUCGUGAACUUCUCCGCAGAGCUUGACGACCACGAACGCCAUAUUCUCGCACGUUAUCCAGGCUUGUUGACGCGUGACUUAUCAGCUAAUGCUGAACUGCGUGGAGGAGGCGAUCCACCACAUGACACAGCAUCUUCAUCUUCAGCGCAGCCUACAGACGAAGCAAUUACCCCAAUCGUCGAGGCACACUCCUUCUACUUCUUCCCCAGCGUCUCCAUGGUCGUUCUUCUCAGCAGUCCCCUCCAUCACUUCCAAUUCCCAAAGCACACAUCCCUCGCACGGGUCCGUCAAAUGCUCCAAAACUUCCACAUGGAAGGCAGAGACACGGAUUUGCACCUCCGACAGGUCCGCAAAAUCUUCGAAGCCAGAGAUGAAGCAGGCAUUGUUUUACCUGAAACUAGCAACGGACGACAGGUCUUGAUCAGUGCUCCGGAGAUCCAAGACUCCGCUAGUACUUCCAGCGGAAAGCCAGGAUACAAGGGGACAUGGAACAAGACAUUUGGCCCGACAGAGUACCAGUAUGAGCGCAUGCUCAAAGACAGCAUUGAUAGUCUGAAGCCACUAACAGCGGAUGAUACCCAGUCACGCUCGCCCACAGCCAGUAUCUACGAGGAGAAGUUCCACGAUACGGGCAUCUUGGUCGAUACGAUAUCACCGCUGGGGAGUCUCGACGAGGUCGAGUUCUACAACGCUGGCGAGCUUAUCGACAUAAUCGAGCACGAGGCCGAGAUCUCGCGCGCUAGGUCGACGCAGAAGCUUACGGACUUGUUGCCGAAGACGAGAAGCCGUGGAGAUAGCCUGGGCGAGAGGAGAGGGUAUGCAAUGUCUCUUCCGUUACCUUCCAAUACGCUGGGCCCAAUGUUUCCCACUGGGUAUGGGACAGCACCAGCGCCUAAUGCCAUGGGUGAACAUCUCACUCCUCAACCUGUGGGCGUAACCGGUGUCAAAGCAUGGCGUUUCGACCCUUAUCCGCCCCAUAAGUCCCACGACCCAGCUGCCGACGAGCUCUCCCGCGGCCACCUGUUCGACUACGAAAAAGGUCCCCCAACCAUAUCCAACAUCGGCCUCCGCCACAACCCACUCUCGCUCGAGCGUCCCUUGCCUCGGCCCCCCUCUUCACCCUCCACAAACCUAGGACAGCACUGUGAAGAGUCCGGUAAACCGACCACCCGUUCCCGUCGCUCUACAGAAGAUGGCUGGGGCAUGUGGCGCCACCGCGCCGACGAGGGCUGCGAGGGCUGGAUCGACCCUUCCAAGUUAGAUCCCAGCCGCGAGACCUGCGCGUUCUGCAAUCUCCCCUUCACGGAGAAGGCGUGGCGAACGUGGGAGUAUAACGAGACUCCUACGUAUACCUCCCAUCCUCCACACGAGGGCCCCCGAGAUCCAGAUCCCGGUCCACCAAACCCAUGCCUUCGCGGGGGUGCAGAAGACGUUGAGUGGGCGCAUCUCCAGUGCGCGGCGUACGAUGCUGUUUCUUCAAGCUGGGCGGAUGAGAUGUCUUUGGAGCGGCCGGUGAGUCCGCGGAAGAAGUCUUUAGUCAUGAACGACGAUGGUGAAGUUUGA